AGAUGGAAUACUGAGCUUUAUGUUUUCAGAAAGUGGCAUGGACUGGUAUCCUAACUUUGAGUCAUGGGAAAACCCAUGUGACAAUUAUGGUGCCUGUGGACCUUUUGGGGUUUGCAAACCUUCUGAAUCUCCAAUCUGCAAGUGUGUGAAAGGGUUUAUGCCCAAGUCAAAUGAAGAAUGGAGCAAAGGAAACUGGACCGGAGGUUGUGUCAGACGAACAAAUUUGUCUUGUGAGACAUACACAAAUGAAUCAGUCUUAUCAAAAGGAACAGACGGGUUUUUGAAGUUGGAAAGAUUGAAAGUACCUGAUUUUCAUGAAUUUAUGAGUUCUUUGGCUCACGACAGGUUUGAGGACUGCAAGAUACAGUGCCUGAGUAAUUGUUCUUGCCGGGCUUAUGCAUAUGUUGAAAACAUAGGGUGUUUGGUGUGGUUCAAAGACCUUAUUGAUAUGCAGCAUUUUCCAUCUUCUGGAGAAGAUCUUUAUGUCCGCCUAGCACACUCAGAACUAGGUGAAGGAAAGGCGAUAAAGUUAAUUGCUAGCCUUACAGCUAUUGGAUUUAUGAGUAUCUUGGUUGCUAUAGUCUUCAGUUUGCACUGGUGGCGUGCUAAGCAAAAGCGACACGUCGAAUUAACAGCACGACGCUUGGGAUCAACUAGUAUGAUUAAGAUUCAUAGAGACGGUCUUCGAGAAUAUAUAGGGAAGCAUGAUCCCUCAGAGCUAAAGAUAUAUGAUUUUGAUAGCAUACUAAUCGCCACAGACAGCUUCAGCAUCACAAACAAACUUGGGCAAGGAGGCUUUGGCCCAGUUUAUAAGGGGAUGCUACCAGAAGGGAAGGAAAUAGCAGUAAAAAGACUUUCUACUAGCUCAGGACAAGGUGUUGAAGAGUUCAAGAAUGAGAUGCUGUUGAUCUCUAAUCUUCAACACAAAAACCUGGUUAGGAUGAUGGGCUGCUGUGUAAAAGAGGAUGAGAAGUUACUGAUUUACGAGUUCAUGCCAAACAAAAGCUUGGAUACUUUUCUAUAUGAUCUGAUGAAGAGAGCAGUGCUUAAUUGGGCUACACGCUUUAAUAUUAUUCAAGGUGUUGCUAGAGGGCUUCUUUAUCUCCAUCAUGAUUCCUAUGUGAAGGUGAUACAUAGAGAUUUAAAAGUCAGUAACAUUCUCUUGGAUGAGAAAAUGAAUCCAAAAAUCUCAGAUUUUGGAUUGGCACGCAUGGUUGAAGAAACACAGAGUCUAGAAAAUACUCAGAAGGUUGUUGGAACACGUGGCUAUAUAUCUCCAGAGUAUGCCAUGGGUGGGAUAUUUUCUGAAAAAUCUGAUGUCUACAGCUUCGGGGUCCUGGUAUUGGAGGUUAUUAACGGCAAGAAGAAUACCAACUUCUAUUUAUAUGACCAACAGUUAGGCUUCCUUGCUUAUGCAUGGAACUUGUGGAAUGAAGGACAAUGCUGCGGAUAGACCUACCAUGAUGGAUGCAGCUUUAAUGCUAAGCAACGAGAAAGAUGGUCCAAAUCCGAAGAGGCCUGUAUUCACUAUACAAAACUCAGCUCAUCAUCCUCAACCACACUUUGAGAAUACUAAUUUCUCCACAAAUGAAGC